AUGGUCACACCAAGGCAGCUUCCUAACCGGGACAAACCGCAACAGUUUCACGGCCACCGGCGGCCAUCUCCAUCCAUUCUCAUUACUAAUGCCAAAAGACAUAAGGCGUUUUCAGAUGAGUCGGCAGAGCAGGAAGCUCUCCGAAUCGCUGAUUAUCAGCUGAUUUCCGAACGACAACCCAUCGGAAAGCGUGAAGACCGGCUACGCCAAUUGGAAGCUCUGUUCUUGGGCGGGCCCAUCCAGGGCAAGGGCCAAUGCUUCAGCAUCGAAACUCUGCUCGACAUCCUACUAGUACUCUACGACGAGUGCUGCAACUCUUCCCUACGUCGAGAGAAGACUGUUUCAGACUUCAUACAGUUUGCCAAACCUGUAGCAACAUGCGUCAAAAGUCUUCGUUUAACUCGAGAAGACUUCGAGAUAAUAAAAGUUAUUGGUCGAGGAGCAUUUGGAGAAGUAUGUGUUGUGAAAAUGAAAAACACCGACAAGGUGUUUGCAAUGAAAAUCCUCAACAAAUGGGAAAUGCUCAAAAGAGCAGAAACCGCUUGCUUUCAGGAAGAAAGAGAUGUUCUUGUCUAUGGAGACAGAAGGUGGAUUACAAAUCUUCAUUAUGCCUUUCAAGACGAAAACAACCUGUAUCUUGUGAUGGAUUACUACUGCGGCGGUGAUCUUCUAACACUCCUCAGCAAAUUCGAGGAUAGGUUACCAGAAGAUAUGGCACGCUUCUACAUAGCUGAAAUGAUUCUAGCUAUUAGCUCAAUACACAAUUUACGCUAUGUACAUAGAGAUAUUAAGCCCGACAACGUAUUAUUAGAUGCAAAUGGUCAUAUCCGCUUGGCUGAUUUCGGUUCCUGUUUGAAGUUGUUCGAAGAUGGAACUGUUCAGAGCAAUGUAGCUGUUGGAACACCCGAUUAUAUAUCCCCUGAAAUAUUAAGAGCAAUGGAGGAUGGUCAAGGAAGAUAUGGGCCUGAAUGUGAUUGGUGGUCUCUAGGUGUCUGUAUGUAUGAAAUGCUAUAUGGAGAAACGCCUUUUUACGCCGAAUCGUUAGUGGAAACUUAUGGAAAAAUUAUGAAUCAUAAGAAUUGUUUCGAUUUUCCUUCGGAAGCAGGGUAUGAAGUAUCUGAUGAAGCCAAAGACUUGAUGAAGAGACUGAUUUGUGGUGCAGAAUUGAGGUUGGGGCAGAACGGUGUUGAUGAGUUCAAGAAUCAUCCGUGGUUUGUUGGGUUGGAUUGGAGCAUACUGCGAGAUAGUACGGCGCCCUACAUUCCGGAGGUGAGCUCUCCGACUGACACGUCCAACUUCGAUGUGGACGACACCGACAUCCGAGCGUCGGACGCGCUUCCACCGACUGCCAACACCGCCUUCUCCGGGCUGCAUCUGCCAUUUGUCGGAUUCACGUUCACUCAAAGCAGUCGAGCUUGUGAUCUUGGUCACAUACCAAUGACUGCUUUGUCACCGGAAAGCACUCGUGCGGGGAAGAGGAUGCGGCUACUAGAAGAGGAAAAUCAACAGUUGAUCAAAAAUUUAGCUGAAGUGAAAAGUAUGGUUGACAACCAGUACCCAAAUGAGUCAUCGAAACUGAACGACGAAACCACUAGAAGAAUCUCACCCACAACUGAAAGUGGUAAUGGCAUGAGGCGAUUACAAGAUGAAAUCAACACAUUAACAAAGAGAAAUUGUGAACUGGAGAGUCAGUUGCGAAGCCUAGAGCAGGGAGCAGAUCUCAAGAUAUUGGCUGUUGAUUCUGCUGAAAACUCCUCCUCCAAAAUUCGCGAAUUGGAAAAGUCGUUGAGACUCAUGAAGCAGGAAAAAGAAGAAGCUUUAAAGGAUAAGUUGGAUUUUCAAGAGAAAUUGAAAUUACAAGAUAAAGAGCUCAAAGAUGCUUUGUCUCAGAGGAAGUUAGCCAUGGCAGAAUAUACCGAAGUCACUGAUAAGCUAACAGAGCUGCGCCAACAUAAACAAAAGCUGUCAAGGCAGGUUCGAGACAAGGAGGAAGAGCUGGAGGUGGCCAUGCAGAAGGUGGACGCACUGCGACACGACAUGCGACGAGCCGAGAAGCUCAGGAGAGAGAUGGAGGGCAGAAUCGAGGAGGCUCUGGCCGAAGCCAUCAAGGAGAGGAAGCUCAGAGAACGCAGCGAAGAGUAUUGCCGGCAAGUUGAAGCUGAAGCUGAAAGAUGGAGACAACAAAAGAAAGAAUCUAGUUUAGGCUCGAGUGAGAAUAUCGGUGUGGCUGGCACAGGCUCCCAGUUGAACUCUCAGGAAAUAUCAAGAAUGAAAUCUGAGGUGGAACGAUUAGAAGUGCAAUACAAAGAGAGUAUAAACCAACAACAGACUCGUUAUGGCCUUGAAAUCAAUAGUUUACGUGAUCAACUACAUGAAGCUGAAUCAAGACGUGACAUGUUGGAGAGAGAGGUUCAGUUAUCUAAAGAAAAAUUCGAUGCUAGUCGUUUAGAAAGCUUAACAGACAACGAGGAGACCAUUGCUGAGUUGACAAGGUGCCAUGAUAGGGAAAAAAUUAUUCUCCUUGAAGAGAAUAAAAAACUCAUGUUGGAUCUUGAUAUGCUUAGUGAGAGGGUCAAUCAACUUCAGUCUGAACGUAGACAACUAGAAGAGGACUUUGAAGAGUUGAGAAGUAAGAAGGAAGCAAUAGCUCAGUGGGAAGCUCAGAUCACUGAAAUCAUUCAAUGGGUUAGUGACGAAAAAGAUGCCAGAGGCUAUCUGCAGGCCCUCGCUACGAAGAUGACUGAAGAAUUGGAAUUUUUGAAGCAUGCUGGUGUUGCAAAUGCCAACAAUACUGAUAAGAACUGGAGAAAUAGGAGAAGCCAAAAAUUAGAAAAAAUGGAACUAUUAAACCUUCAGAGCAGUCUUCAGUCAGAGAUUCAAGCAAAAACUGCCAUCAGCGAAGAACUAAGUCAAACGCGCAGUGAACUGAUAGCUGCACAAAAAGAACUACGUGAUUUCCGCCAAAGAUAUGAUAGUAUAACGCAUGAACUGAAACGCAAAGAAAUGCAAAUUAAAGAGUUACAAACUAGAUUGGAAUCAGGAGAAGGAUCUUGCAUGAGAGGAUUCGAAGCAGAACAGGCUAAAGGUAUAAUCGUCAAGAAGAUUUUGGAAAGGCCUUCCUCGCAGAUGUCGUAUUUGGACCAUUUUCUCAAGGAAUCGUCGUCACGCCCCGCGGGAUCCGUUGAAAGUGAAGAGGACAUCGACGACAACCGAGUGCCAUCCGUAACUAGUAGCAAAUCAAACCUCUCUGAACUUAGUAUAGAAACGAGCUCACUGGAGCUGCACAGCAGCCGGUCGCAGAUGAUGCAGCAGAUGGGCGCAGCGAUGCAAGCGCACGUGCAAGCGCAUGCGCACCACCUCCCGCCCAAGAGCCACCAGUUCCUGGUGCGCACGUUCUCGUCGCCCACCAAGUGCAACCACUGCACCUCGCUGAUGGUCGGCCUCACGCGACAGGGCGUCGUCUGCGACGUUUGUGGCUUUGCCUGUCACACGUCCUGCUGCGACAAGGUGCCUUCUGUGUGUCCUGUGCCUGCCGACCAGACUAAACGACCUCUGGGAAUAGACCCGACUCGAGGCAUCGGUACAGCCUACGAAGGCUAUGUGAAGGUGCCGAAAACGGGUGGCGUGAAGAAAGGCUGGAUACGACAGUUUGUGGUCGUUUGCGACUUCAAACUGUUUCUGUACGACAUUUCGCCGGAUCGCAACGCACUGCCUUCCGUCUACGUGUCGCAGGUCCUUGACAUGCGGGAUGAGGAGUUUGGUGUGUCAUCGGUCAGGGACUCUGACGUCAUUCACGCCACCAAGAAGGACAUACCUUGUAUUUUUAGGAUAACAACAUCAUUAAUGGAUCCGGUAACAGAAGUUGGUAUAAAAAAUCAUACACUCAUGCUAGCUGAUACCGAAAGUGAAAAAACCAAAUGGGUUGUAGCGUUAACAGAAUUGCAUCGAAUAUUGAAGAGAAACAAUCUUCCCAAUACAACGGUUUUCAGAGCCAAAGAGCUAUUGAAUAACACGUUGGCCUUCAUCAAGAACGCGACUUGUGGAGCAGUUGUUGAUCCAGACCGUCUAGUCAUUGGAACAGAAGAGGGUCUCUUUUGUUUGGAUCUGGAUCGCUGUGAAAUAGCUCGCGUCGGCGAAGGCAAGAAGGUAUUCUCACUGGAGUACGUGGUGGAGGAGCAGCUGCUAGUGGUGUUGUCGGGCAAGCAGCGCCACCUGCGCCUGAUUCCGGUGCGCGCGCUGGACGGCGACGACGUGGAGUGGAUCAAGGUGGCCGAGACCAAGGGCUGCAUCACUUUCGUCACGGGUGUCAUGCGCCGAUCGCCGCAGCUCGGCUACUGCCUGUGUGUCGCCAUCAAGAGACAGCAUACAUCACAAGUUAUUAUCUAUGAAAUCACUCGAACAAAGAUGCGACACAACAGGCUGAGAGAGCUGAUGCUUCCGACGCAGGCGCAGACUCUCCAUAUCAUGAGUGAAGGAAGACUUUGCGUUGGAUACCAGUCUGGCUUCAGUCUCUACAGUAUUAUGGGCAAUCAUCAUCCAAUAUCGCUAGUGCAUCCCGACAACCAGCUGAUGGGAUUCUUGUCGUACAGCGCCGUAGACGCUCUGAGGGCGAUUGAGCUGCCGCGCGGAGAAUUCCUCAUGGUUUUUCAGUCGUUGGGUGUCUACGUGGACGCGCAAGGCCGCAAGUCGAGAGACACUGAACUCAUGUAUCCUGCCGUACCAACAGCAGUCAGUUACUGUGAUGGCCACCUGCUGGUGUAUAGUGACACACACAUCGAUGUGUUCAACGCCGGCACGGGUGACUGGGUGCAGACGGUCAACAUCAAGAAGGCUAGGCCGCUCAACUCGACCGGCACUCUCAGCAUAUGUGUCAUCAACGAUCUGCCCUACAUUGUUUACCUCAGCAACAUCCAUCAGAGAGAGCUUAUCAAUGUGUCUUGCUGUGAUCCAUCGGGAAGAGUUGUGCCUCGACCAAGAAGGAGGUUCUCAAUGAGAGAAGGUCAUCGAGCAGCUAGACCGCCGGACAGACGUUCGAAAAUGAUUUCAGCGCCUACAAAUUUCAACCACAUCAGUCACAUGGGACCGGGUGAUGGCAUUCAGAUACAACGACUGCUAGAUUUGCCAACCACACUUGAAACUGCCGACCACACAACGCAACGGAUCUUCCAUGGGCCAAGUGUUCCUUCCAAGAUGGCUCAUCCGCCUCCCAGGCAUCCCCCCCACCCCGAGCCCAGACAUCUGCCCAGAACGCCUUCUCAGAUGCAAACCUACUCCGGACAUAAUGGCUCGACGGGCUCACGACGAGCGCCGGCGCCGCCACGCCCUUCGGUGACGCCCCCCGCCCUGCCCCGCACCCCGGAUGCGCCGCCCCCGGCCCCCGCUCCCCCGGACAAUACCAGCGCCGCCUCCUCGCUCCACGACUUGUGCAAGGAGCAGGGUGGUGGGGGAAGUCCGCGUCACUCGAUCGCUUCCAACAACAGCAGCAACCCGAGUACCCCACCCAGUCCCGGCCACGACCACGGCUCAUCCAGCUACGACAGUUAGAACCAACACUCAACUUGUCUUCCACUAACUAAUUGCGUGUAGCUUCUUUUAUAUUUUCCUAACAUAAUUUAGGACCUCUACAAUAUUAGCCAAUUUUUAUUGUUAUGUGCACUCUCAGCUACUAUUUCACAGGAAUAAAGCAAGAAAUAAUAAUAAGAAAACGCAAAUUAACUUGCGACUUUCUUGGUACAAUGAAAGGCAUUAAUUUAUAUGGGGAAAUUAUGUAUGCAUGAUCCCGAUAUUGUUUCAACUGUUGUCGAAUACUGUGAGCGUCUAUAAAAUUGCCUUCAAUCAUUGAAUACUUGAGUCUAUUUUAGGAAUUUCGCUAAACAUGUUGAAAUUUACUGAGUAACAUAUAUGAAACUUACUUGAAAACAUUUAUUGACAACUCUUAACAUAUUUAUGUUAUACAAGCAUCCAUAUUGUAUACAGUCAGUCGAUUGAAUAAAAGCAUAGAUAAAUGAUAAGCAUAAGUGUUAACUAUAUUUCUUGUCUCUGGUAAAAGCUAGCAAUAGCUAAUUUUAUGCAAUUUUUAAACAAAUGCUAGGAUUUGAAUUAGCCUGUAAUCUUACCCGUAUAGCUUGUACUAAUGACAAUUUGCUAAUCACUAGGUUCUAGUUUCUAUUCAAUCGACCCAUUUUGUUUACACAUUUAUGUAGACGACUUUCAACUAUCGUUUGUCUAUUGACAAGUGAUGAAAAAUUUCUAGUGUUUACACUACUGCAUGUUAAAACUUAUCUUUCAUGUUAAAACUUUCAACAGUAUAUAAUACUGUAUUUCUGAAAGCAAUCAUUCAACAAAAUUAGUUUAUACAGUAAUAUGUCUUAUCAAUUUUAGUUGAUGAUUGCCACUUUGGAAAUUAUCGUUUCUAUUUCAAUUUAUUGUGAUUUUUUAAAAAAACAUCCUCUGAUAUUGUUUUAAUUGGUUCAAUACCAUACCAUAGAAUGGUAAAUCAGUAUAAAUGUACCCUGUCAAAAGUAUUUUGCCCUUUAUUUUAUCUUUCAUUAUUUAAUAAAAAUUAAAAAAAUGGCUCAUAAAAAUUAUGUUUCCAUUAAUGUUGAAAUAAUUAUUAAUAGUUGGUGAAAUAUUUCCGAGUAUGAGCUCAAACUAACCAGUAGAACUAGAUUUGAACCAUUCAUAGAUUCUAGAAUAAUUUAUCUUCUAGAUUCAUACUAUUGAAUGGUAAAUCAGUAUAAAUGUACCCAGUCAAAAGUAUUUUGCCCUUUAUUUUAUCUUCUAUUAUGUAAUAAAAAUUAAAAAAUGGCUCAUAAAAUUCAUGUUUUCAUUAAUAUUGAAAUAAUUAUUUGUAGGUGAAAUAUUUUCGAGCAGGAGCUGAAACUUACCAGAAGAACUAGAUUCGAACUCGAAUUAGUUUACUUCUCUUUUACACUACCUCCAUAAUUAUCGCCGUAUACUGCCAGAAUAAAUUAUUGUCUUUUGAAACUUAAUUUAUUGUUUUUAAAAGUAAUAGUUGAAUUGAAAAUAAAUAUCAGGUAUUCAUUCCAUCCACACUAGGAUACCAAAUAUAAUACACUGUUGCUCAUCGUUUAUUCUAAUCGAUUUAAUCGUGUUCUACUCGUGCAGAUCACUUGAAGAAAAAUAAAAAAUUGAAAAAUAAUCAAACCAGUAGGCUACAAUAAAAUUAUUAUUCAGACAACUUCAGCUAAUAAAUUCAAAAUAUUUA